AACUGGCGGUCGACCGUCGCGAUAACGUGCAGCUGCGCGGCCAUCCUCAUCGUCGUGGUUUGGACUGUGAGGACGACGUCCCACCAGAAGCGGAAACGCGUGAAACAGUCCCCGAAGAAUGAGACGAAGAGCAAGCCGGAUGUUAACAGCGAGGAGAACGUAAACGCGGAGACAACUGAAGAAGAGAACGAGGGAACGAGGCGAAGCGAGAAGAACGAUGAGGAGCGUGAUGACACGAUUACCGAACUGCCAGAUCCAAAGUGGCAGAAGGUUGGCCAAAUUCAAGAAUUGUACGUGUAUCCAUUGAAGUCUGGUCGGGGGAAGAGCAUAAUGGAAUGUGACUUCACCGAAUGGGGAAUCAGUUUCGAGGAUGCGGGCAAGUUCAAGCUCAGAGACAGAAUGUUUCUAGUGUACAACGAGGAAACUGGACGCUUCCAAACCGGAAGGCAAUAUCCAACGUUGAUCCUAGUGAGCUUAUCCGCGGUGGACGAGACCAAGGUGAAGUUAGAGGCUGUUGGGAUGCCCAGCGUGAUCUUCCAAGUUCCGAAGAACGCCGAGAACGCUUCUGAAGCCGUUCAGUGUACCAUGUGGUGGGGAGAGCCGGUGAAGUGUAUCGAUUGCGGCACAGAAUCCGCUGAAUGGUUGUCCAGAUUUUUGACCGGAACGACUUCCGGUCUUCGAUUGGGGUACACGAUGAUGGACAAGAGAAACGUUUUCGUCAAGCCGUGGAAGAAAUUCACCAAAGUAUACCAAAGACUUAGGAACGAAGACACUGGUCUGUUCAGCGAUUUGGCCAGUUACAUGCUGAUGACCACACGGUCUAUGGAGCAGUUGAACGAGAAAUUAGAGAGACCAGUGCCAACUCUACAAUUCCGUCCAAAUAUUUUGGUGUCCACGCAACAACCAUUCGAAGAGGAUCAGUGGGAGUGGAUAAAAAUCGGCGAACGAGCGGUGAUCAGGAACGUCAAACCCUGCACGCGUUUCAGGGAGCAAACCGAUCCAGAACGAAUAUCUCUGGAGGGAAAGGCGCCAAUGAUGGGAAUAUAUUGCGGCUUGUACGUCCCUGGAAGUGUAAAAAUCGGCGACGAGGUGUUUGUUCACCGAUCCAGUGGCUCGCCAGUGGAAUCGAACCGCAAUCGAGAAGAAGAAGAAGAAGAAGCAAAGCCAAGAUAGACACGAGAAAUAUAAAAAUAAAAACUUAAAAAUCGCUUUCUAAAAUGGCCUUCCUCUUUGAAACUAGGGACUCGAAUCGCUCUUAAAAAUGUCAAUAUACGAACAGGUAUAGAAAUAUAGUAUUUUCAAAGCGCCAGUUCAAUCGAGAGCGAUUCCUGGAAGAUUCAAGAGACUCCAAGACAAUAUAAAUGCGCGAUUUCUACCAUUGAUUAUUGUUAAUUAUCGUUUACUGUAUAAUUCUGGGUGUUCUAUAAUUGGGACUGGUUUAGAUCGAUGUUCAUGGCCUCGUGUAUUUUAGAACGUCUUGGAAAUACAUUCAAAGAAAAUUGUUCCACGUGAAAUAAAGUUUUCGAUUGUUAUAGAAAAUCUGCGUACAUCCCUAAGAAGAAUGGGGAAAAAAGGAAUCUUUCUCUCAAGGAAUUAUCUUGAGGGAAGAUCGCGUGUUAUAAAAUUUAUCGAUACAAGAUUUUGAAUUAUUCUUCUGUAUUUGCGAGAAUAAGAAAAUGUUUAAAAAAAAUUGAUAAUUUAAAAAGCUAAAAACGAGUUGUUAAAUCAAGUUCUUUUUGCAAUUGUUUACGAUUAUUUCAUGCAAUUACUUUAAGAAAAAAAUUGUAUGCUAUUCUUCUGUUUCUGAAAAUGGCAAAGUACUAAGAAAAAGAGUUGAUUCAGAAAGAUACAAGACGCGACUACUUUUCAAAAACUGAUCAAACCAACCAAUCUCUUAAUUUGCACACAUAUUCACUUUAUCACUCUCACUUGUUAUUUAAGUAAAACAACCUCGAGUCUACCGUAACAAUUCAAAGAUUUAUUGACACUGAAUAAAAUUGGUCAAAAUGAUCAAUGACGUUUGUGAUGUUUAUUAAAUAUUUUAUGCGAAACAGUGCAUAUUUUUAGAGAUUCAAAUGUAACAAAUAAUAAAAACUCUCGUACUCCGUUGUACUAUAAAUAUUUUCUAUUUUUUUUUUCUUUUUUCUUUUAAUGCUUGCCAAUAGAAAUUUCGCGGUUUGAUCGUCGUUAUAGUUUCACUGUUGGAAAAUUGAUCUCCUCACUGACGAAUAAGACGAACGAAGAUCCCGAGAUGAAUGACG